UUUCAACGCACAGUGUAGCUCUGAGCGUCGCUGGGUUGGUACAAUUCGUCCCCUCUUUGUCCUUACUCUCUCUCUCUCUUUCUCUCUCUUGUCUGCUCAGAUCGGCCUUUGUGUUUCUGCUAACGAAAUAAGAAAACCACCACACUUCCAGACUUUGUCAUCAGAAUUCUUUCCGCCAAGCUCAUUUCAAACAAACAUCUCCAUCACGACUUAAGACUUAGUUAUAUGGAGGGAGAACAGUUCAGGUCAGCCGCCAGGGAAAUGGCCGACUACAUCAGCAAUUACUUGGAAAACAUCAGAGAAAGACGCGUCUUGCCUACGGUUGAACCUGGUUAUCUCCGCCCUCUGAUUCCUGCAGAGGCCCCUGAAACGCCGGAAUCUUGGCAAGACGUCAUGAAGGACAUUGAGAGAGUCAUCAUGCCGGGGGUAACCCAUUGGCAUUCGCCUCAGUUCCACGCCUACUACCCGACAGCGAAUAGCUACCCGGCGUUGCUGGCAGACAUGCUUUCCGGAGCCAUUGGUUGCAUCGGGUUUACAUGGAUUGCGUCUCCUGCUUGUACAGAGCUGGAGGUCGUGAUGAUGGACUGGCUGGGUCAGUUGCUGGGGCUGCCCGGCGAGUUUCUCGCAGCCUCUGGCGGCACCGGGGGCGGUGUCAUACAAGGUACAGCAAGCGAAGCCACGUUGGUGGCGAUGCUGUCGGCGAAGUCUCGGAAAGUGAGCGAGUUGAAGGAGAAAGGCAAAGCUGCUCAGGACAUCGUGACUCAACUGGUUGCAUAUGCAUCAGACCAAGCCCAUUCAUCGGUAGAGAGAGCAGGGAUGCUGGCGGGCGUCGAGAUGAGGAAGGUUCCAUCAGAUGAGCAGUUUGGAAUGCGAGGACCCCAGUUGCGGAAGGCUGUCGAGGAAGAUCUGAAGAAAGGAUUCAUUCCCUUCUACGUCGUCGGCACUUUGGGUGCCACCCCUGCCUGCUCUUUCGAUAACCUCCGGGAAAUAGGGGAGGUGGCACUUCAAUUCGGAAUGUGGCAUCACGUUGACGCUGCCUAUGCAGGCUCAGCCUUGAUAUGCGAAGAGUUUAGAUAUCUCAUGGAUGGCAUCGAACUGGCAGACAGCUUCAAUUUCAAUCCACACAAAUGGUUACUCGUCAAUUUUGACUGCUCCGCAAUGUGGUUUAAGAACUGUAAUGAUGUGGUAGAUGCUUUCAAUGUUGAUCCUCUCUACCUUAAACAUGAUCAACAAGGACAGAUGCCUGAUUAUCGACAUUGGCAGAUACCUCUCGGGCGUCGUUUCAGAUCACUAAAGCUUUGGUUUGUGAUGCGUCUGUAUGGAAAGAAAUUGUUACAAGAGUUCAUAAGGAAACAGGUCUCCUUAGCACAUCAGUUUGAAGACUAUGUAAAAGAUAAUCCCCUCUUUGAGCUUAUAUUGCCAGUGACUUUAGGCCUGGUUUGCUUCCGUCUGAAGAAAAGCAACGAAGCCAACGAAGCUCUUUUAAAAGCUAUAAAUGCUGGUGGUGUCAUUCAUCUAGUGCCUGCCAAAAUUAAGGAUGUGUUUUUCCUCAGAUUUGCUGUUUGUUCUCGCUUUACCGAAUCUCAUGAUGUUGAAAAGGCUUGGAUGGAAGUGAAAAAGCAAACGGAUAUUGUGCUGAGUAAGGAGUAGUCAUAAAACAAGUAUGUUUAUGUACUAUAUUGAUGCUAUUUCUUCUCUAAUGUGGAAUGAUCUUCAUCUUGAUUUUAUUUGCAAUGCAAUUAUUGCUUAUACUGUGCAAUACUUCGGUUGUUAUUGCAGGUAUUGGAAGAGACAAAGGAUGGUUCUAAAGCCAUACAGAUUCUAGUCUUAUGUUCUAAAUAAUUAUUUUUCUUUUUAUAUACUCUUUUGCUCAGUUAUCUUAAGAUUUCAGUAUUAAGUCACAGGCCCACUUAGAAAUUGAAUGUCAUCCAUCUUUUAUUUACUUAUUCUAUAGGAAGUCUAUUUGGAGUUUAGCCUCAAUAUAGAUCAAUUCAACUAUUCAUGCAAAAAGAGUCCAGUUCUUCAAAUUUCAUUCAUGCUGCAGAAGGUCAGAAGUUGGUUAUAUUUAGCAGUUAAACCAAGUCAUUUAAGAUCUGAAUCUAAGAGAAAUGGUAAGUAAAAUGAAGGGACCAUUUUAAUCUCGGUAGCUUGGCUGAAAAUAGAACCUGUCACGUUUUCAUUCUGUCUUUGUUUGUUUGUUUGUUUUUUAUUUGUGAUUGAUGUAUUUUAUAUUUAACAUUCAUAGUCAAAUGCUUUUUACCAAAGGAUUUUAAUAGUACAUCCCUUACUGUUUCAUUGAGUGUUGUAUUCUUAGAAGGUACUGAUUUUCUUGUCAGUUGUAGUUGUUUCAUUUUCUCCUAAUCCUUCAACACAAAGUUUUUAUGAUUUGAGAUAGGAAUAGGAACAGCAUUAUUCUAAUAACAUAGGAGCAAUUUUUUUUUUUAUUAAUUUGAUCACUUUAAAAUGUAAAUUUCAGAUAUUGCCGUAGAAUUUGAAAAAUUGUAUUUCAAAUGUUUUACAUGACCUGAAAUGAAAGGAGUUUGACUUUCUGGGGCUCAUCUAUCUUUUUCUCAGAGGUAAAGCAACAGUAUAUAAAUUCCAGUUAAAUUGAUUAAUUACCCAUCAGUAAGGCUUGCGAACCAGUGGUUGUGUGCAACGUUGUUAUGCAUUUUAAUGUCUCAUUUUACUGUAAUAAAAUGUUUCAAAUGUACUUCAUUACUUAGGAAAUGUAGAAUUCUUCGUAAUUUUAGGCUUAAGAUAUUAAUUUACAGUUGCCUUUCCAUUACCUAAAAUUAUAAAAUAAACAUUGUCCAUCAUUUCAUGUAGGAUAUUUUGCCUGCUAUGCAUUUUCAGUUUUAAUGCUAUGAAAUGAAUGUUGUGAAAUGUAAUAGUAAUGAGUAAUGUAUUGUGAGCAGAAUUAAUUCAGUAAUGUUAUUGUGGGUUUAAAAAGAUAUUUCAUUGUACCAAUGGUCUACAUUAGUAGGACCUAACAAGCAGGUUCUCUGCGUAAAACACAUCCUGUCUUCCUGCCUGGAUUAAGUAGACAAGUCAGUGGAAUGUUUUAAGCACAAGUGUUUUUAGUUAUGUCCAGACAAUGAGGCACUUUCCGGUGCACUGUUUUCUCACUGGGCAAAGCCCAUCAGGCAUCCCUGUGAUGAUGCUCACACUAUAGAGUAGCUUAUGGGAUAGUUUACAUGAGCAAUAGCUGACGAUUUUGCUCAAUUAUGUGCACGUGCAAUUCGCUGGUUUUGCCCCAUGAUAGACAGUGAACUUGUGCUUAUUGGGUAGUGCCCAGGGGUCUGGACAUACUAUUAGUUUCAGUCAUUAUGAUCAUAAUAUUGGGCAUAGUGCUUAAACAACUUCAGGAUAAAAGUAGAUCAAAAUUUGAUGAAAAUUUUUUUCUGAAAAUAAUCAGUUACCACAGUAUAGGAAAAGGAAAACUUUUUUCAAAUCCAGUUAUGUUAAUUUCUGAAUGUUACAACAGCUUAAGGGGAAUGUGGGUUGUGUAUGCUAUACUUUUCUGUAUUCACAUUUAUUCUACUUGUACAGAGGUUGUGUAACUCUUUUACAUGAAAGGUGAUUGCAGUCCAGUGUUAUGACAAUAUUCAGUCUUAUUUUAAGUUAAGGAACUUUUAGUUUUUAUUUAUAGUUAAAUUUUUUGUACUUGGUUAAUUUAAAAAAAAUUUUCUCGCCACUGCUCUGUUUUAAAUGAUUUUGAGUGUUGAUGCAAUAUUGAUCCCGUGUGCUAUCUUUAGAAACUUUUAUUCAAUCAAGAAUUCUGACCACACAUAAGCAAUGUGUUAUAGAUAUGAAAACUUACCAAAGGCUGAAAUACCAUAUCAGUGCAGGUAGAAGGGACGUGGCAGUUUGAUUAAUUUGUGUUACCAUUCUUCUAUCAUUCAGCGAUUACUGUAAAUGCUACAUUUGUGGAGACUGACUUUUAAUUACAAAAUUUAAGGUACAAAAUAGUACAUUAAAUUUGAAGAGCUACUUUAAUGUAAGUUUCUAAUUAAAAAUCACUAAUGAGUCACUAACAUACAGUUUUAUGUCGUUGUCCCUUCAGUAUUCAUUGAUAAUUGAAAACAGUAUAUAAUAUUUAUGGAGAUUGACUUUUUUUUAAAAGUCAAAGUACUGUUUUAAUUGAGUAUCUGUAAUACAUUGCAUUCACUGAUAAUUUUGUUCCACUGUAAUAGUAAAUAAAUUUGUUUCACUCCUUACUAGUAGACCAUGACAUUACAACUUCAAUUAUUCUAUGUUAAAGUAGACACUUAGCCAUACUCCUAGAUUUUCAUAGGGUUAGCCCAUAAUAUUUGUUCUGGAGUAGAGAGUGAAAACAGGAACAAGAUGAAGUUACAGUAUUUGAACAUGUCAGUUGGAUGAGAACCAAAGAUUGGAUGAAAAGUAAAGAGCCAAAUGCAGAGUAGCUGGAUUCAUGUAGUAUAUGUGUCAAAGAAUCUACAGUAACAGUAGCUUCAAUUGCAGUGCAGGAAAACUUGUAUGUGGUAAGGAGGAAUAUUAUUUGUGUACAUAAUAUAUUGGCAAAGAUUCCACUGAUAAGCAUUCAGCUAGGCAUUAAAGUCCGUGGAUUUCUUUCAUAAAUGAGGGACUGAGAAUUAUAGCUGGUUUCCAGAUAAAUCUACAGUAUAUCCACAGAAAGAAAUGGAAAUACUCAUGUACCCAAUCAUUGUAGUUGCAAUAUGUCCUGUUCAUUUUACAGAGUUCAUUGAAAAUACAUAUGAGAUCAUAAAGUCAUUUGAUAAAACGUAUAUACUGUAUUAUGUAUCCUCAGAGAAGAAACAUGCGAUAAAGUAUAUAACAUUAUGCAAACACUCCAGUCAUCAAAAACAGCACACAGCAUUUAUACAAAUGACCCCAAUCCUUCAUAUUAUACAUGAGACCGUGAGGUCAUUUGUUAAAAUAUAAAUACAUAUUAUAUACGUAUAUCUUCAUAGGAGAAUCAUAAGAUCUAGUAUAUAAAAGUAUGGAAAUACUCCAACCAUCAAAAACACCACACAGCACAUCAUAUUAUGUUAAUACAACAUUUUUACACUAAUGGCUCCAAUUCGCCAUAUUCUAAAGUAUUUGCUACUCUUUUAAUAUUGAUAAAAGAGCUUUGCUUUCCUUGACUAUAUCAUGUUCCUGUUUUCACAGCAGAACUGUCUACAAUAUUGUUAGCUGUUAAGCUUUAGAAACAUUCCCUGACAAAAAUUUACAAUUAUAUUAUUUUACUGUAGAAGUAUUAUCAAGUACACUAGUAAGUAGUACGUUCAUCAAAAUAAAAUGAUAAAAUGUGCUUUCACAGCAAAUUAAGCUUUUAGUCUAUGAGUGAUAUUCACAAAACCACCAUGAAAGUUAAAAUGCUAGAUUCUUUAGCAUGUGACCAUUUAUCUAAAUUUAAAUGGUGAUGAAACUGUCAAAGCAGCGCUUACAAUGAGUUAAAAUUUUCUUGUAGUUGAAUUUUGACAGUACAUCAAAUGUAUAUUUUUUUGUGGAAGUUAGUGAUGUGGUUAAUCUCCAUAGUUUUGUGAGGCUACUUAUUCUUUGUAUGUUAUCUAGCAGUCCACAAGUUAAGGCAGCACAUAUUUGCAUCAGUACCCUGUGAAGUUAACCUCUGUUCUGACAGCUAAACUUUCAUUUUCAAAUUUUGUAUCUUUACAAUGUUUAGGAAAGUUAUAUUUCUGAGGUGAAAGGUUGGCUACUAUUUCUUUUAUUAUAAUUUAAAUGUUUGUAAUUUAGUAUUGCUCUAGUUGAAUUGAGCUUUUUCAAAUUAACCAAGGUGCACGCUAGUGUUAUGAUCUGAUCAACGUUACACAGUUGCUAACAGUCAUGUACAAACUGGCAAUAUAGCAUUUCCUUUUUUUAAAAAAGAAACAUCAGGUAUUUGUUACCACAAAUCUUUAGUUUAUUCAGCCCAGAAGAUUAGUCAAUUAUCAUGAGAACUUUUGAGAGUAUGUUGCUGGUCAGUAAUUAUUAUGGCAUGAGAAGAAGAAGAAAGAGAGAGAGAGAGAGAGAGAGAGAGAGAGAGAGAGAGAGAGAGAGAGAGAGAGAGAGAGAGAGAGAGAGAAUUUGUGAACAUGCAUAUUAAAUAUGGAUGGAAGUCUUGGAACAUUUUAAAAUUUCUGUGAUUAAUGAGUGUAAUACAGAAAAAUAAUGUCAAUAUUUAAAAUAUUGCCCCGUCUUUUGUAAGUAAAAUGACUGCCAUGCAAAAAUUCGAACUUCCUGCUUUUAAACUUCUUGUUUCAUUAAUAUUUUGUGUUUAGUUGUCCACUAAAAAUGUUAUUCAAAACUGGAAAUGAAAUACUUUUCCUUCUAAUGACGCGAUUAAAAUCUUGGCUAGGAGGAGCAACAGUUCAGUGCAAGACUUCCUACUGGUUUUUAAACUUCCCUUCUGAAUUAGGAUUCUAGGUUUUCAGUCAAAAACUUGACCGAAAACAAAUGGGACUUCUAAGAGCUCCUUGCAUGGUGGCUGUUCCUUUCAAGUUCGUGAGUAACAUAGCCUGAGUUUGUGAAAUAUUGCUGGCAAAUGCUACUGUUUUGAAUUUAUAUAAUUCAUUGUGUUUAAAAUGCUGUGGCCUACAUUUAGUAAUAAAAUUUUAUAGCCUGUGUUUAGUCAUACAAACUUGUGAAUGGGAUAAGUAACACUGGUGUCGUGUAAAAUAAUUUUCUGGUUAACAAGAGGAAUAUGAGAGUCUUUGCUUAAGUUGCAGGUUGCUUUAUCCGCAGUUCUUGAAGACUGUAGACUUAUUUGUUGAUUAUUAGUUCCUUUUAUAUCCUCUUUCAACCCUUUAUCCGAAAUUUUGAAAACAGAAAAGCUUUUAACGUCUUGGCUGCUACUCGCCUCAUUUUUCUUAUUAAAUCCCAAGAACUGGCUCUAGAAAACCUCAAGACUAACAAAAAAUCCCAAGAUAUCAUGAAAAUAAUUGUACAUCUCCGAAGCCUUAGUCCGAAAAAACUCUCUCUCUCUCUCUCUCUCUCUCUCUCUCUC